AUACGAACAGUACGGUUGUGUUGUUAUAGUUUAUCCAUUUUGAUGAGAAAUUUUAUUUUUCAUUCAUUAAAACUGGAAAAUUCGGUCGAGUUUAUAUAUCCCAAUAAACAGCAUUUUAAAGCAAUCUCCUUAACGAUCAGUUUCAUUUGAAAUGGCAUGGUUAUUAUAAUUAAAUCGUCUUAUGAUGUUCGUUUGCUUUGAAAAUGUUUUGCAAUUUACAAAUCAUUUUAUUUCACUAAAUCAAACGGAAAACUAAUGAACAUUUAAUUCUCGUGUUUUGUGGCCUAUUUAAUAAAUAUAUAUGAGACGCAAUCAAAACCGAUAUACUGAUAAUGAUAUGAUAUGUAACCAAAGAACGUUCGCAACAAGAAUAUAUGAAUUAUAUUGAAGGAAAAAUGCAGAAUUGCGAAAUGAGCUGUUAAUCUACAAAUGCACUUUGACACAUAUUACAAAUAGAGAGUGUUGGUGUUUGUUAGAUUCAUAUAUAGCGAAAUAGAGAAGAGAGAGAAUAGAGAAAGUAAUAAAAUAUCAUACUGCUCGUUGAAGUGCACCAACGAUAUCACUAUCAGUAGCAUCAGUGGCCGUACAUAUUUUGCGCGUGAAACUGAAAGCAGAUAAAUUAGUUAAAAUUAUCGCAUGCAUCGGAGAUAAAAUAUGACACUUUUCGAACGCAAUUCUUUCCACCAUGAGGACGGGUUAUGUUGAAGUACAAUGAGAAUCGCGUUCAAAACAUUCAAUGUGAAUAUCAUGUGGAAAAUGUCUGCAACUUAAAUGUGAAACGCACAUCGAUCCAAGAUCUUUAGACUAUAAAUUUGGUUUUAAAACGAAACAAUUUCGUUUUGCCACAACAAUCUAAGUAAGAAGAACUCAACGUGAAUGCAACGGAAGCAUUUGGUAGUAAAUUGAUACGAUAAAGUAGAAGACAAAAAUCAGCAAAAACGAAACAAAGAAGAAAAAGAAAGGAAAAAACAUCGUUUAUUUACAAAACACUCUUGGUUUUUUUUUCGUUCUGUGUAGAGAAAUUCUGAAAAUAAACAAGUGGAAUUGCUUCUUUAUUUUGUUGGAUCGAGUAAAUAAUUGAGAGAGCUUUAAGUUAAUUUUCAACAUCGAUGGCACAGAGUCAAUUUCCCAUUUUCAAAAUGAGCAAAUUUCCAUUUUUGAAGUUUUAAAAGUUUAAUUAUGUACAGAGAAAAUAAGUGGUGUACAAGUACAAAUCGAUAAAAAUUGUGUGACAAAACGAAACAUUUGAUAAUUUUUCUGUUGUUGUUCAAUCGGUAAAAUCAAAAAACAAAUAAAGAAGUGAAAAUCGAACACUUAGUGUGAAAACUCAAUGAAAAUAAAGCAGAAAUAUACAUACAUUUACAUGCUGAAUUAUUUUGCAAACAAAGAAAAAUCAAAACAGCUAAGACUAAGAAGCCAAAGUACUUAAAUCAAUUGACGAUCGUGAGAACACGAAAUAUAGAAAAAUCAACUUUAUUUACAAUAUCAGAGAGUCAAUAUAUAGGCCAUUCACGUGUAUCCGGUCGAGCAAUCAACAUAAACAACAUCUCAAACACGUAAACCAUUACACACACUUUACGUGUGCAAUUGCAUGUGUGAGAGUCAAGAUUAUUGUGACCCGAACAUCGUAAAAACCAAAGAAUAACACGAUAACAAUCAGUAUUUUGUGGAAAGUGCAAACGGCUAGAAUCAAAACAAAAAUGGGUCUGCCAACGAUAUUGCCGAGCAAUGGAAGUUUUCUACCAUCACCAACUCAACAUAUUAGCGAAUGCUCUGAAGACGAAUCGGAUUGCGAAGGAUACAAACCAUAUCCGGAACGUCCUGAAACCUAUAUUGUUCCAUUUAUUUUCAGCAUUAUUUUUGUGGUGGGCGUCGUGGGCAAUGGCACGCUAAUUGUAAUUUUUUUACGACACCGAGCAAUGCGAAACAUACCAAACACGUAUAUUUUUUCGUUAGCAUUGGCUGAUCUGUUGGUCAUCAUAAUAUGUGUACCGUUAGCAUCACUGAUUUAUACGCUUGACUCGUGGCCAUGGGGUUCAGCAUUGUGUCGCAUCACAGAAUGUGCAAAGGAUAUUUCAAUUGGUGUGUCUGUAUUCACAUUGACCGCACUUUCAGCGGAUCGAUACUGUGCCAUUGUAAAUCCAUUGCGGAAGCUGCAGACAAAACCAUUGACCGUGCUAACAGCACUUUUAAUAUGGGUUCUGGCAAUUGUGUGUGCAACGCCGGCCGCUAUCAUGUCGGAAGCCGUAACUGUUGUGCUUAAUAACACAACCAAUCAAACAAUCAUCACUUGUACACCAUUCGGCCAAGAAGGACUUACAUCCAAAACCUAUGCUCAGUAUAAUGUGGUUGCAAAGUCAAUUGCAUACUAUUUUCUACCCUUGUCGAUUAUCGGAAUACUUUACGCAUUGAUGGCACGACGAUUGCAUUUGAGCACACGUGAGGUGCCUGGUGACGGCCCUUGCGUGGCUGGACCACAAAGAGCCCAAGCUCGCGCUAGACGCCAUGUUGCACGUAUGGUUGUAACAUUUGUAAUUGUGUUUAUCAUCUGUUUCCUUCCGUACCAUGUGUAUAUGCUAUGGUUUCACUUGAAUCCAAAUAGUGAACAAGAUUACGACACUUUUUGGCACAUAACAAAAAUUGCCGGAUUUUCCUUGAGUUUUCUGAAUUCAUGCAUUAAUCCUGUGGCUUUAUACUGUGUAUCCGGUGUGUUUCGUCAGCAUUUUCAUCGGUAUCUGUGUUGCAAGCAAAUCCAGCAGACGCAUCAUCGUCUUGGUAUGUCAAUGGCAACAAACGCUUGUGAUACAAGUUUCAUGUCAACCAUUCGGCGUACACAACACGGUAACCAUCAUACAAUCGUGCAUAAUGGCACAUCGCCAACACAAAGUGCUUGCGUUAAAUUGCUGAGCUGAAUGUUGAUGAAUCGACGGCGACGACGACAACAACACGACGAAGACGAUGAACAACAACAACGACAAGAUCAACGACGACGACGUUUACAACAAAUCCGAUGACGAGUACAAAUAUCAAGUAAUGAUGUGGUUAGGUGUGAUGAUAAUGAUGACCAGAGAAAUGUGACCAAUACGAGAACCAACCAAUUUUCCGAAUCAGGAUGUUAAGUACAUAUAUAUACAUUUAUUUUAUAUUUAUGUUGCUAUAUUUUAAUUGACAUUUCAAAACGUAUUUCUGCACUUUACUGUCCACACACCACCCCCCCUCUCCUCCAAAAAAAAAUAGAACCUAAACCAUAGCACAUAAUUAAUGACGAUGGUUUCAUUAAUUAUGAUUUUGAACAACAUUUCAAUGUCUCUUUAUCCCAUCGGUUUUUCGGUGCGAAUAAAAAAACAUUGAGAAACAUAAUAACACACAUCAUUUGUCUUAAAUGGACACACUCAAUUUAUAUUGUUUUUCAACUAGAAUCAUCAUUGCACAUCACAUAAAUGCCAAAGCUGUUCGGCUCUCAUUACUUAAAUAACCUUUAACGUUUCAUCGCAUCAACAAAUUAGAAAUACUCGCAAAAAUUAUCAAAAUAAAAAAGAAGAAGAGGAAAUAAUACAAUAUUAUAUGUUAUCGUUAUGAGGAAUAUACAAAAAUAUAUGUGCUGAGAAUGAACGUGGCCUAAUCAAUGUCACUUGAAGUUCUUGCUUACAGAAGUCACCCAUAAGCGAAAGAGUAGAAGGUGAGAUUCAUUAAAUCAUUUCCAUAUGUAUGUAUAAAUGAAUAUGAGACGCGUUUAUUUAAAUUGUUGAAUUUGCGAAUGCUUGAACACUUUUCGAAUGAACGUUGUACUGUUUCAGUAUUAAAAAUUUGCAAAUACAGCCCCCUUAUUUUGAAUCUAUUGAAUAACAACAUAUUUGAACAUUUUUAUAUGAUUAAGUAGUUCAGUUAUCGACAGCAGUUUAUCUAGCUAUCUGAAUAUCCGAUGGUAAUCGGCAGCAGAGCGUUGUAUAUACCACAAUGAGCAGCGGCUGCGAUUGAGAAUAUUCGAAUAACUGAGAAAUUUCCAAAAAAAUUGUCUCACAUUCAUUCUCUAAAGAUUAUUGAUACUUUCAAAUUCCCGCGCGGUAAAACAUUUCAAAAAAUAAUUUUAUCGAUUUUAUUAGGUUUUACAGGACAAACAUAUGAAUAUACAAAUGAAAAUUAGCAUUUUUUGCACAAAAACAUAUUUUUUUAUUACAUACUGCAUUAUCUGAAAACAAAGCAUGACGAUAAGACAAAAUUGCUUGCCAGCGCCACCAAAUGACUCCAUAUGAUUCUAUACAGGGUGUCUCACGAACUAGGAUUACCCCCCAAAUUUUAAAAUUUCAAAAAACGCUUUGGGGGGUAUGUUG